AUGGAGUACGUUAUGGAGAACUUGCAUGUGAAUUUAUUGGCAGAGCUAGAGCAGGAUGUGGCCAACGUGCCCGACUGCAUGAUGCGGGCCUUUGAGGUCACAGACUCCGACAUGCAGACGGCAGGCUUGAGUAGCUCCGGCUGCACGGCCUGCUGCUGCCUCCUGCGACAGGAGAAGGCGUUUGCGGAGCGGGUGCUAUACACCGCGCAUAUAGGCGACGCUCGCGCCGUGCUUUGCCGGAAGGGCUUGGCCGUGCGCCUCACUGGCGCCAGUGACCACAAGGCGACCUUCUCGGACGAGGCCCGCCGCGUGGUGGAGGCAGGCGGAACAAUCUACAACGAACGCGUGAACGGAAUGCUUGCGAUUUCAAGGGCCUUUGGUGACUUCCAGCUGAAGGCUCCCGCUUUCGCGAAUGACAUCGUCUCAAAUGUCCCGGAAGUUUCCUCCACACUCGUCUCAGAUGGGGCCCGGGAGCCCAGAAGGUGUUCGUCAAUGUCAGGCGGAGCAUCUGAAACAGGUCCGUUGAACACCGGCGGCUAA